AUGAGGAUCCUGCUGAGCGAGCUGGGACUGUCCGGCGCGUGCUUCGGCCUGACCCUGGAGUCGCGCGAAACCUCGCUGGACCCCGACAAGCCUGCGCCAGGGCCGAGCGCCUUAGAACCGCGCUCGCCAAGCGCCUUCACGUCCAACACAUCCAGUAUGCUACUGCUGCAGACACACAGCAACUACGGUACAUCUUUUACUGAUUUAUUGUCACCGCAAUAUCAAGAAGACUCGUCCGAAAUCUUAGAAGAGAAUUUGGAUCCAUUUCCAGACGUCGAAUUUCACGCUCCAGUCCCUGUCGAAGUGAAAUUACAGCGUACGACACCUGUCAGCGAUCCUUCUUCACCAACUCUUGGCCCUACACUGCCUAGUUUUGAAGAAACAUAUUCUGUUCGGUAUCCAAAACAAGAAAUGGCGGAGUUUGGUAUAAAAAUGGAUGAAGACUGUUACAAUGUCAGCUCCUACUCUCAUCAAGGUCACACUUCUACUCAAUUACUGUACCCAUAUCACCAACCAUCAAUACCGUACGUCUCGUCAACUUAUUAUGCUCCAGCGCAACCAUGCAGUCCUACAUUUGAUACAGGAGGAGUAACUCAUAAUCAGGACUCUUAUUCACUGCCUCCUUUCCCGAGCUCGGUUGAUCUCCAAAUAGCUACAGAUCAAGCAAAUAGACAAAGGCGAGCAUCAUUACCGGUGCAACGUUCUGAAUCGAACAGUUCAAAUGAUAGCCCUAAGCUGCACGGUGGCAGAAUACACUGUAUGCAGGCUUCAACACCUAGUUCAGCUUCAAGUUCUCCUGGCGGGGUGCCUCCUGAAGGGGUGGGCCCGCGAGCUGCGCCGUCUUCGCCAAGUCAACUAUGUGCUGUUUGUGGAGACACCGCUGCUUGUCAGCAUUAUGGAGUAAGAACUUGUGAAGGAUGUAAAGGAUUCUUCAAAAGAACAGUACAAAAGGGAUCGAAAUAUGUUUGUCUAGCAGAGAAAUCUUGCCCAGUUGAUAAAAGAAGGCGAAAUCGAUGCCAAUUCUGUCGGUUUCAAAAAUGCCUUGCCGUUGGUAUGGUUAAGGAGGUUGUUCGCACAGACUCAUUGAAAGGAAGACGAGGAAGAUUACCUUCGAAGCCCAAAUGUCCUCAAGAAUCACCACCAAGCCCACCAAUUUCACUUAUCACAGCUUUGGUCAGAGCACAUGUUGACACUUCUCCAGAUUUUGCCAAUUUAGACUACUCUCAAUACAGAGAGCCAAAUCCAAUGGAACCUCCGAUGUCUGAUUUGGAAGUGAUCCAACAGUUUUAUUCUUUGCUUACCACGUCGAUUGACAUGAUCAAAGUUUUUGCUGAAAAAGUUCCUGGUUAUGCUGAUCUGUGCCCAGAAGAUCGUGAGCAAUUAUUUGCUUCUGCAAGAUUGGAGUUAUUUGUGCUACGAUUGGCUUAUCGCACACGCCCUGAAGAUACCAAACUCACUUUCUGCAAUGGGCUUGUACUAGACAAGAGACAGUGUCAACGGUCAUUUGGAGACUGGUUACAUGCGGUUUUGGAUUUUAGUAACACCUUACAUUCAAUGGAGAUCGACAUUUCAACGUUUGCCUGCCUUUGUGCAUUGACUUUAAUAACAGAGAGACACGGGUUAAAAGAACCCCAUCGUGUGGAACAGCUGCAGAUGAAGAUCAUCGGAUGUCUGAGGGCGCACAUGCCAGGCGGCGGCACGAACCCCGGCGGCGCCCCACAUUUCAGCCGGGUGCUGGGAGCCCUGCCCGAACUGCGCUCACUUUCCGUGCAAGGACUUCAACGCAUCUUCUAUCUCAAGCUGGAGGACCUCGUGCAACCUCCGCCACUCAUUGAAAACAUGUUCCGCGCCAGCCUACCUUUCUAG